UCAUCCUGUGGUCCGUUGAGGUUCGUGGCAGCAAUUGGGACAUUUUUAACGCGACCUCCUUAUCUACUGACAUAAGUAUAGAAUAUUUUAUUUAAUUUUAACAAUUUUUUUUUAAAGUUUUGUAUCAACCUGCGCUCCAUUGAGGUUGGUGGCUGUAAUUGGGAAGGUUUUAAUGCGACCUCCGCAUCUGCUGACGGCCGUGGUCUAAGGAUAUGUGGUGCUGCUCGGAGCCGCUGGCGCGCCCGGCCCGCAGGAGCGCUUGGAUAGUUGGCGCCCUGACCCAUUACUUCGGCUCGGAUGGCGCUCAGGAGGACAACGAGAUCGUGGUGCUAGCGACUGGGGCCGACCAGUACCUGCAGGAGAUCUUCCAUCACUUGAGCUACCAGGGAGACGGGCUAGUCUCGGCGGAGGACUUUCGGCUGCUCUGCUCCGUGUUGGACUUGGUGCGGGACGAAGAGGGGCAGACCUUGUUGAGCGGGCUACCAGACGCGGUCACUUUCCGCCAAUUCCACGCCAGGCUCUGCGGCUAUUUCCACCGGAGAGCCGGCGAAAACGCUGGGAGGCUCCCGGUGGGGAAGGAGACGGAGCACAUCGAGAGACAAAUCCGUUUGCGAUGUCCCAGGCGGCGGAGAAAGAAGAAGUGCGUCUCGUUCGACCUCUCCAAAGGUUGGGGAGAGAGCCAGGUGCUCGGGAGGUCCGGUCCUGAUCUCCAGCCUGGACCGAAUCCCGCUGGAGACGGGGAGGCGAGUCCCAGUGCCCUGGAGUUGGAGAACGCCAGCCUGCGGGAAUUGGUGGAGGAUCUACGGGGCGCUCUCCAAGGCAGCGACGCGCGGUGCCUGGCGCUCCAAGUCGCCCUGCAGAAGGUCUACACCUGCCCGGGGAAGGAGCCUCCUGAGCGGAGGGAGACGCCGGUGCGCGGUUGCCCGGGGUUCAGGAGCGUGCUGAGGGAACUGCAGCUGAUCAGGGAAUCGAGAGACGGGCAGAUCCUGGAGGCCAUGAGGUUCAACCAGCAACUGGAAGAGGAGAUGAAACGGGCUCACGGUUUGCUAGCCCGCUGGGAGCAGUCGGUGGCCACGCUCCGAGGCUGCCUGGCCCAAGUCAGGAGGAAGGCGGAGAGGGCGAGAUCCCAGCUACUGGAUGCCCUGGAGAAGGUGAGGCUGCUGGAAGCCGAGGCCAAACGGAUCCCCGUCCUACAGAGAAGAGUCGAAGAACUGGAACGGUGCAGAUCACAAGGGGAUCAGAGCAAUGUGGUAUCGGCUGCAGGGAACCCUCCACAGGACGCCCGGAAGCCCGGGACAUGCAGUCCGAGUCCGAUCCAGCAUCAAGCACGGAUAUCUCCGGCCGGGAAAGCGGAAUCAGCCAUGGAGACCGGGAUUUACUGCGGACCGCAGAUGAAGUCUUCUUCCUGCAAUGGAGGCGAGGACCGGCUGCUGAGGGCAGUGGAGGGUCGGGCUGCUUCUGACGAGGAAGAGGAGAGAGGUUCGGAAGAACAACCUUGUCCAAUGCCGGCAUUGAGUGGAGACGGCUGUAGCAGUGCGGAUAGCAGUCCCAGCAGCACCUUACGGCGAUUGCUCUCGUGUAACGGCAGUGGCCGUCGCCAAGGCAGAGGCGUUGUGGUCUCCAGGGAGAGGGGAGUGGAUCUCACAGCGCAACUGGAGAACAAGGAGCAACAAGUGACAAAACUGCGGGCUGACGUGGAGCAGUUGGCUUGUUCCAUGACCAAGGAGCUUCAGCUGAAAGGGGAGGAGGUGGAGAUGCUGCGGAUGGAGGUGCAGAUGGUGGAAGCGGACCGCGUGAGGCUCUCGCUGGUCGAGGAGAAGCUGACCGAUGUCCUCCAGCUUCUGCAACAACUGCGAUUGCUGAAUAUAUCCAGACGAGCUUUGGGAAAGAUGUUAUUGAGCACUUUGGGUGCCUGUUACCAAACUGGACAUGGGACAAUGGCCUCCUUGGACAUGUUGAAUGUGCUCCAUAAAGAGUUGGUGUCGUGCGAGCUACUGGGCAAAGAUUCAUCCCGAAGAGAAAGUCAACAAGUCUUGAAAACCUCCUUGGUGAUAACAUGUUAGUUAUGGACGAACGUGGAGCUCCGACCUUAAUCCUCACCCAAACCAUCCCAUCAACAACUAGACAUCGGUCCUGAGCUCCCAUCUACCCCAUUGGAGACCUCCCCAACUAUCUUUAAUCAGACUUUACUGGACUUUAUCUUGCACUGAAUGUUAUUCCCUUUAUUCUGUAUCUGAAUAUUGUGGACAGCUCGAUUGAAAUCUUGUAUAGUCUUUCCGCUGACCAGUUAGCAGGCAACAAAAACUUUUCACUGUACAUCUGUACUCAUGGCAAUGAACUGAACUAAGCUAAACUAAGCUCAAUAAUCAGAAGCCACUGGGGAUGUAAGCACACAAAAGGUUCGCUGUUGGCCAGAAAGAUGCUAUUCCCUAACAUCCAAACUAUAAGGAUUGUCCAUUUCAUGUUGCCGUGGAGAUUUCCCCAAACAUUUAUCUCCGAGGGAGAGAAUCUGCCAAACAUUUUCGUGUCCCACACAAUAUUAAAUAGGGACGGCUAAUGAAAGGACCUGCAAAAUCUGAUGAUAUCCAAAUGAACUUUGUAGCUAUGGAUGAACUUUUCAGUCUGUCUUGUAGGGAAAUGGGAAUAAAAAUAUUCUGCACAGUAAGAUGUUACAAUGGGUAGAUAGACAAAAAGUGUUGGAGUAACUCAGCGGGUGAGGCAGCAUCUCUGGAGGAGAAAGAAUAACUGGUUGACUUGUUUCUAUCAAUCUGAUCGAGAGUGAAGGGAGGUAAAGACACUGGAAAGAUGGGCCGUUCUUUGCCUUCCGCAUCUUGUCCAUCAAAACAGACUGAUUAUGCUUUUAUCUGGAGAUGUGAGACACUCCAGAUGCUGGAAUCAUGAGCAUGACACAAAGUGCUGGAUAAACUCAAGCAACAUCUGUGGACCGACAACGUUUUGGGUUGGGACUCUCAAAAGGAGAGCAAUGAUGGUUUAAUUCAAAAGGUGCAGCCUCUUCAUCAUUCAGAACGGAACUGAAAUAUCAGAUGUGUAGGAAGGAACUGCAGAUGCUGGUUUACACUGAAGAUAGACACAAAACGCUGGAGUAUCUCAGCGGGUCAGACAGCAUCUCUGGAGAAAAGGAAUAGGUGACGUUUUGGGUCGAGUGAAGAAAGAAGGGCCUCGACCCAUAGAAACAUAGAAACAUCGAAAAUAGGUGCAGGAGGAGGCCAAUCGGCCCUUCGAGCCAGCACCGCCAUUCAUUGUGAUCAUGGCUGAUCGUCCCCAAUCAAUAACCCGUGCCUGCCUUCUCCCCAUACCCCUUGAUUCCACUAGCCCCGAGAGCACUAUCUAACUCUCUCUUAAAUCCAUCCAGUGAUUUGGCCUCCAAAACAUCACCUAUUCUUUUUUUCCCCAAAGAUGCUGCCUGACCCGCUGAGCUACUCCAGCACUUUAUGCCUAUCUUCACUGAAGGAUAAGCACAGGAUCAUAAGCUUAGAUCUUGGGUAGAACUACCAUCAAUUAAUGUUCUAUAUUAUUUGACUGAAAACAUCCAUUGAAAAUGGCGCUGUAAAGUAUCUGAAAUAAAGUCGUAUAC